CAUCACUCCAUUCCCGGGACCAAUCAGAACGCCCGCUCGGCCCCCUGACGUCAGUCUCCUCUCCCCUCGUCCAAUCAGGCUCGUAGAUAAUACUGUACUAGUCGCCACACGGCAGCCUCUCACUCAGGUAGACUGAUCCACAGCUGCACCAAGCCCAUCCCCACCAGCCAAUCAGAAUGGAGGUGAACAGUACGGCCACCAUCUUGUCCUCUGCCUUCCUGGCCGUGGAAUAUGUUGAUGCUGUUUUACCUGACAACCCUCUUCAGCCUUCACUACAAUACGCCUGGGGGUAUGUGAAUGAGAACUACACUAAAUUCCAGAUCGCCACCUGGGGUUCUCUCAUCGUCCACGAGGCCAUCUACUUCCUGUUUUGUCUACCUGGUUUCCUGUUUCAGUUCCUUCCCUUCAUGCAGAAGUACAAGAUCCAACAGGACAAGCCAGAGACGUGGGAGAAACAGUGGAGGUGUUUCAAGAUGCUGCUGUUCAACCACUUCUGUAUCCAGCUGCCCAUGAUCUGUGGAACGUACCACUUCACUGAGUUCUUCAGCAUCCCCUACGACUGGGACAGCAUGCCACGAUGGCCCUACCUGUUAGCUCAGUGUCUAGGCUGUGCUGUGAUAGAGGACACCUGGCACUAUUUCCUCCAUCGCCUGCUACAUCACCGCAGUAUCUACAAGCACAUCCACAAAGUGCACCACGAGUUCACUGCUCCAUUUGGCAUGCAGGCAGAGUACGCCCACCCAGCUGAGACAGUGAUCCUUGGGUCUGGGUUCUUCAUCGGCAUCAUGGUGUUCUGUAACCACGUGACGUUGCUAUGGGCCUGGGUCGCCUUCCGCCUGCUGGAAACCAUCGACGUACACAGUGGGUAUGACAUCCCUCUCAACCCUCUCCACCUGAUCCCGUUCUAUGCCGGAGCUCGUUUCCAUGACUUCCACCAUAUGAACUUCGUAGGGAACUACGCCUCCACCUUUACCUGGUGGGACAAGAUACUGCACACUGACUCCCAGUACAACAGACACAUGAUGAGCAAGAAGAACCAGUAAACAGACUCUCACA